AUAUGUCUGGAUAUGACUUAUAUUAAGUAAGCAAAACAAAUGGAAGCAAAGCAACAAACGCAUUUUGUUCUCGUACAUGGUAUAUGCCAUGGAGCUUGGUGCUGGUACAAGCUACAACCGCUGCUGGAGGCGGCAGGUCACCGUGUCACAGCGUUUGAUCUCUCAGCCUCCGGCAUUGACCUGAAACACCUAGACGAGCUUCGCACAUUUCCGGACUAUACACUGCCGUUAUUUAACGUAAUGGAGUCGAUUCCACCAGAUGAAAAAGUAGUUCUAGUUGGACAUAGUCUUGCUGGCUUGAACUUGGCUUUUGCAAUGGAGAAAUACCCUGAAAAGAUUUCGAUGGCAAUUUUUCUUGCGGCUAUGAUGCCUGACACUACACACAGGCCAUCCUAUGUUUUGGAAGAGUACUUCGCACGGACCCCGUCGGGAUCUUCUUCGAACACUCAAACCGCACCAUUUGGAAGACCCGAAGAUCAACUCGUGUCAGUACUCUUUGGUCCGCAGGACUUAGCAUCCGGAUUAUAUCAACGCUCCCCACCUGAGGAUCUUGCAUUAGCAAACACUUUAGUGAGGCCAGGCUCUUUUUUUAUGGAAGAUUUGUCAAAAAGGAGCCCGUUUUCCAACGACAAGUAUGGAUCCGUAAAGCGUGCUUUCAUUAUAGCCGGUGCAACUGAAGCCGAAAAUGAUUUCUAUCGCUGGGAAAUUGAAAAUUUUGAAGUGCCAAUUGUGAAAGAGAUGGAAGCGGAAAAUACUGAUCACAUGGCAAUGAUUUCAAAUCCCAACACUCUUUGCCAAUAUAUAUUGGAUAUUGUUGGAAAAUAAACCAAAUUAAUGAUCGCUGAUGAAUUCAAGAAUCAUUUGUUGAACUUUAUUUCAGUCAAGCGUCAACUAAUAUUUCAAUAAUUGGUUGAGUAAUUUAAGGAUUUUUCUUGCAUAUGUAAUAACCACAUUUAUUUUGAUGCAUUUCCCUGUGUCCUCUAGUAUGUAUAAGUUGGAAUGUAAUCUGCAAUAAGUUUUUAAGGCAAUAAGAAGUAAUUUUUCAGAUUA